AGUUCCCGGCUCCGGCUGGGGCGCGGCCCCCUCUUUCCUCUGCCGUUGGGCCGGUCCGGCUCUCCCCGCCUCAGAAUGGGAAUGGGCCGGCCCGGGUAUGCGCGGGCAGGAGGGGUCCAAGAUGGCUGAAGUGGACUUGACGGUGGGAGGGGGCGGCCUCGGGGACUGCCGCGGCCCGGCCAGUGCCAGCCCCCGCAGCUCCUCCUCCUCCGCCGCCGCCGCCGCCUCCACGGCUUCCUCCCGCGGCCACGGCCGCCUAGCCGCCGCCACCACGGCCUCAGCUCUGUCAUCAGCGCCGCAACCUCCGUCGCAGCCCGGGCCGGGGCCGCCCGAGCGGGCGGGGGGCGCAGGGCGCUGGGUCCGACUCAAUGUGGGUGGCACGUACUUCGUAACCACCCGGCAGACAUUGGGCCGGGAGCCCAAGUCUUUCCUGUGCCGUCUCUGCUGCCAGGAGGACCCGGAGCUGGACUCCGACAAGGAUGAGACAGGAGCCUAUCUGAUUGACAGAGAUCCAACCUACUUUGGUCCUAUUCUAAACUACCUCCGCCACGGGAAGCUCAUCAUUAAUAAGGAAUUGGCAGAAGAAGGUGUCUUGGAAGAAGCGGAAUUUUACAACAUUGCAUCUCUUGUGCGACUGGUUAAGGAAAGGAUACGGGACAAUGAGAACAUAACCUCACAAGGCCCAGUGAAGCAUGUGUACAGAGUUCUGCAAUGCCAAGAAGAAGAACUUACACAGAUGGUCUCUACUAUGUCUGAUGGUUGGAAAUUUGAACAGCUAAUAAAUAUUGGAUCUUCCUAUAGCUAUGGAAAUGAGGAUCAGACAGAAUUUCUCUGUGUUGUCUCCAGGGAGCUAAAUAACUCUACUAAUGGUAUUGUCAUAGAGCCUAGUGAGAAGGCAAAGAUUCUUCAGGAACGAGGCUCUCGAAUGUGAACUAAGAAUCUGGAUCCACUGAAGUCCUGGACAUCUAUUGGGUGGUCCGGCAGAGCAUCUCUCCAAAGUUCAGCCUUGCUCUUGUACAGUAACUGUGCUGAGGCAAGGCAAAGCUGAACCUGGCUCACCAGUGGAGAAUCAUUCUGGCCAAAACCAAAGGAUUCCCCCCCUCCUUCACUGUAGGAAACUUUAAAAAGCAGAUGAGACUCCUACCUAAAGAGUUCUUUUUCAGAAACCUGCCUUUGUUUUCUCAGCCAGGGCUAUAACCAAUCUUUACAACAGGUGUGCCAGAUUUCUAGCUGGCAUCAUUACCAGGAUCUGGGGGAAGGGGAGGACGAGGACAUAUAUAUGCCAACCUGUACUCCAUAAAUGGCUGGAUCAGGUGAAAGGCAAGCUUCCUACCUGGGGUUGCCAUGUUCUCACUCCAAGGUUUACUAAGUUGGAAAUUUGCAGCUACUUGGAAUCACUUUCUCCUUCCUCUUUCCCCUCUACCCCCCCAUUUUUUCAAACGGUUACAGUAGAUGCAAAGAAAUCUAGCACAGAUUGGCAACAGAAAAACAUUUUUAAAGGAAAGUUGAUUUUUGACACUGAAACAUUUCAUCUUUGCUUUACAUGUCAAUUUCCCAGUUUUGAAGUUGGGUUCUAAAUCAAUUUGAGGAGAACCUGGAUUAAAGAGUCACUGGGAUUAAAAGAUAACCUUGCUUAUACUGUCUUACAUCACUUAAACUUGCCAUCUUCCCACAGGAGAAGUGAAUGGACCCAUCUUUGGGUAAGAGGAAUACUGCAGCUCCUUUUUCCUCAUGUCCUGCAAGAUCCCAAGCAGUCCGGCUGGUUUGGUUGGGAUUGUGAGUGCUUGCUAGCACUUAGUCUGGGGCGCUUCGUGCUGCCUUGUUCAGCUUUUCCUUGCUUGCCCCUAAUAGUGAGGAUACUCCUAAGGCCCUGCUAUGUCCCCUGCAUUUGGCUGUAGAAGGUGCGAGGCAGUCUUUUGUUCUGUACUCUAGCUGUCCAACAAGUAGGCUACUUAACCAGCAGAUAAAUGAAAGUUUCUAUUUGAGUAUUUCAGCUGCCUCUGCAGCCUCCCUCCACACCCCAUAGAUCCUGUCUCCCUCUGCUGCUUUAUGAGCUCCCUGGCAGUAGCUGGGGCAGGACUUGGGGGGAGGAGGAGAAGUUGCCAAAAUUGUUGUGAUGUUGCCUUGUGUUGUUGCAAAGUAUUGUUAACUUCUGUGACCGUCUUUUUGGGAAUGCCUUGAAUGAACGUGCAAUGUUUGUAUAUGCCUCUCUUGGAUUUCUAAUUUUAGCCAAUAGGACUCAUGGAUGCUUCAGUGACUCUGUACCAUACUAGUGUAUGUAUUUAUUUGGAUGGUAGUUUGUGAGGUCUUGCACUUCUCCUAUGCCUCCCUUGGACACCUGUCAUUUCUCUCCCUACAGUAUCAUGUUGUUUAAUCCCAAACUAUUUGUUUGGCUAGGAUGAGAAAUUAUACUAAAGUCCUCUGUUAGGCAGUAAGCAAAGGAACUUCGUCUGGGUCUGUUUCUGGCAUUUCCAAUUACUGUCUUUGAGUAUAUAAGAGGCCAAAUAUUCCUUCCGUUAUCCCUGAUGAUGUACAGUGUUAUGGUGUUUUACUAAAGAUAUGCACAAAGUUCUCCUGGGAAGCAUAAGUUGGUAUCAAGUUUCUGACUGAGUUGACAGGUUUUUGGGAAGCACUUUCAGACCCUUUCCCACUCUGUUAACAUGUUCCCAGGGAGAAGUUUUUUCUGUGGGACCAGGGCAAGUUUGGGACUGGGCGAUUUUUUGAAACUGUCCACUGCCAAUUGCCUUUUGAACUUGUGAUGGGCCAUUGUUUAAUUGGCCUAACUGUCAGAUUACCUAGUCUGGUCCUUCUUUGUGCCCCUUUUCCUUUUGUAUGAUCUGGUAACUUGUAUAUCUUGACUGAACCUCAGUACUACUUGGGGUAUGUAUGUCAUUUAUGCAUAUAAAACCAGGAUUGGUAACGUAAAACUCAGCCCUUAUCCCAGUACCUUUUUUUUUUUUAAAUUAUUUUUUUUUAUUUCCAGUACCUUUUAAUAUCAAAGAAACAUCUAAAUCAGAAGACCCAUAAGUGCUGAAAACAGCCCCAUAAGAUGUAUUAACAUGAAACACAUCAUCUCUUUCAGAGGAGAAAAAAACACAGUGUAAAGGUAAUAGGAAGGCUUGCUGUGUUAAGAGAAAGUUGGCUGGAUGUCAAAAAAGGUACUACUCAGCUGUUAACCACAGCAGGCAUGUCACCAGAAGAAAGUCCUCAUUCGGGGUCCUCUGCCUGAAUUCUCUGUCUUUAUGUUUGGAGCUUCAGAUCUCUUGUUUGAGGAUGUUAUGAAAUCAGACUAUUUGAGGCAUGCCUAAGAACCAGCAUCCUAUGAUAAAGACAAUGGUUAUGGGGUACUCCAAUCCAGCACCCAAGCCUAGGGACCUAAAACACAAGGUUUCAGAUGAGAAGAGUGACUGGGGGAUUAUCUGAACUGGCUAUUAAUAGGUAAAUAAACUAAAAUUUGGUUUAAAAGCCUGUCAAAUGUCGUUAGAAUAGACUAUGUUUCCCAUUUAAGAUUAUUGAGAGAUAGCUGCUACCUUGUGACUUGUGCUACCAGGUGCUUGAGAAAUUAAGUAGUGUGGGAUGAGGUCCCUGCCCUCAGGAUUCUUACAAGCCAAUUGGUAUUUAGCAAAUUUUUUUUGCUAUAGCUCAAUACCAUUAAAAAUGUUUCCAAAAGUUUUAGAAAUUAAUCAUAAUACCCUUCCAAAUUCUAAAAUUAAUGCAACAGAUGAUUUGAUUGAUUUGAUUUUUACAACUCAAGCUACAGUGAAAAGUAUUUUAUAGAGGCCCUUUAUGAACCAAGUUUAUGUGCUUGAUUAAAGCACUCUCUCACAAGGAGAAUUAGCCUUAUCCUAGGAGACUUACUUAUAAGCUUGGUCCAGUUUCUCAAGUUAUCCAGUCUGGUCAGCGGUACUUAGCACAGCAACAUUGAGAGAUGCACCCUCUCUGCCAUUUUGUUUCCCUGUUAGCCGACAUGUGCUAAUGAAAUUAUCGGGUCAGUGCAAUGAAAGGGCUGGUAUCUCCAUAAGGAGGUUUCCUGAGCCUGGGUGUGGAAGGAGUGUCAUUGUUUUUUUUUUUCAAGUUCUCAAAGGCCUAAUCUGUUUUUGUGGCAGUGAAAUGGGGAGGGGGGGAGGUGUGGAAAGGCCCAACCUCCUCUAAAGUGUCUUCAUUUCUGCACAUUUUUAACUGAUCUCAGGGGUGACAUUGAAGUGCUGGGGAGGAGGGGCCAGAGAUAACAAGAGAGAAAGAAAGGGGCAGCACCCCAGCAGGGACAAGACUCCCAUGCCCUCCAGUGUCACCUGCAAUCCAUGUGUGAUACUGUAUCUGUCACUUGUUGGUGCCCUUUGCUACUGUUAGUGUUUAACAUUUGAAAUGCUGUGAUUUUUUUGGUCAAUAAAGACAGUUAAAACAAA